CGCUGUCCUCAUUGGCAUUGGUAUUCGCAUUACAUUAUUAUAAGCCUUCGCCAUUGUACUUUAUGGAUGAAAUAGAUGCGGCACUUGACUUCAAGAACAUCUCCAUUGUGGCCCACUACAUAAAGGAGCGCACCAAAAACGCACAGUUCAUCAUCAUUUCCUUACGUUCAAAUAUGUUCGAAUUAUCCGAUUAUAUUGUGGGUAUAUACAAAGUAAAGGACUGCACUGAUUCUGUGACGAUUAAAAAUGUUCCGCCACCCCUGCCACUCGCACAAAUGCAAACACAGACACAGACGCAGUCACAAACAACGAUCGAUACUAACUCGUUGUUUGACCAACUCAAGACCAAGUUGCCCGCCUUACAAGUUAUUCCAUUAUCGCCUUUAGAAGAGAAUUCGGAAAAUGCGCCUCCAUCCCAAGAACGUGAAACCUUAUCUGUAGCACCAACGCAUGGUCGCGAUACUACUUUUGCGCCUCCUUGUGAGAGUACUGCCCUAUCGCAAAUGGUUCAGAAGGACCUCGGGAGCGAUACAACACGUUCGACAAUAUCGGCUGUCGGCACUAGUACCAACAGCAGUAUUACUGACACAUUCUUCAAGAAACCGCUGCCGCCUGCUCAGAAAGCAACAUCUUGAGAUGUUCACUAUUUCUUUUUUUUUACUUUUUUUUAUAAAGCCCCUCCCGUUAAAACAAAAUUAUUACGAUUACCUAAACUUAUAAAUAUUGAUCUGAUUAUAAGAAUUUGUAACGGUGACUAAUUUACGUAUGCAUAUAUUUUAUUCAUUUUGGUUUAAAAGCAAAAAUAAUAAAUAUAACCAAAUUUAA